GUAGCACCUAUUUUUUUUUCCGUGACAAGAAAGGUAAUAAAUAUCAUAGAAAACUAAGUGCAUUUGUACCGAUGUUUCUGGAGGGUGCAGAUCUCUUUGACGGAUUGCGUGUUCUUCCUAGAGAGUCAGAGCAACUGAGGCACCAUUUAAGUCGUAUCAACCACACAUUACAGACACAGUACCAUAUACCUGUAGAACUCGCGGAAUUUGUUCUUCAGCCUGAUCGUUCAGCUGAUUUUAAUCGUUUAUAUGGAAAAGAAAUUCAGCGUAUUGUAUCUCAUCUCAGCGAUAUCCGUACCACCUGCUACCCUAUGGCAGUUCAGGCAGAUCCAGAUAAGUUGCCCGAGGGAGCUGUGAUUACAUAUAUCCAAGAUGAAAAAAAAAAAUAACUGAAUCUAAUGGAUUGGUUGAAGCUAAUUACAGUAAUCCUAACUUAGAUAGUUUACCUACAUCGGUCGAUGAUCUUGCGCAAUUCACAUCUUUGCUAGAAAAGAAGGAAAUUACGACUUGCCGAAAUUUGGCGGAUAAAGUGAGGCAACCAAUACAGCUUGCAUCUGCAGCAGUAGAUCCUGCAACUCCUGCUGGUGUACUUCGAACGGGAUCGAAUAUUGAAGAUGCCUUUUCUACUACUGGUGGUCUUAUUGAUUCGACCGCGCGACCACCAAAAGAUGCUAGUUGUUUGUUUAGUACACCGCCUGAGUUCAAAGGAUUUAGCGGCGCCAAAGCAUAUACGCCCUCUGCGUCCUACACGUGUUCACCCUGAUAUUUUUAUUCAAAACGACGUAGACCUUUUCAUCCAAGUUCGAAAAAAUAUAUGUGUGCGCACAAUAUAGAGGGCAUUUAAAGCAUUGACAAAAAGAAGCGUUUUAAAAAAUGCAGAAGAAAAUGUCUGCUUUUUUUUACAUCUAGACUUAAAUUAAUACAGAUUUUAAAAAUCUUUCCAUACACAUCUACGCAUUUAUUACAUUUUUUAACCGAACGUUAUUAUUAUUACCGUUCAAAGUUGUAUAUGUAAGGAUUUUUUUGCAAACAGUUAUUUUCAUAUAUUCGACUUUUAUCAAAAAA